GAGACUUCACUUUGAUUACUGCGAGAGAGUAAUUGUGUCCUUGUUAUAAACGAAUGGGUUGAAGAUUGUGUCCCAGAUGAGGCAUUGAUAGUAUAUGAGAUCUUGUCCUAGUUGAGACAUUGAUAGCUCAAGAUUGUGUCCCAGUUGAGGCAUUGAUAGUAAUUACGAGAUCAUGUCCUAGUUGAGGCAUUUCUGGCUCAAGAUCGUGUCCCAGUUGAGGCAAAGAUAGUUGUGUGCUUAUGUCUAUGGAGGGACAUUGAUAGCUGAUCGCGCCCAUUAGUUUGGCGUUGACCGAUUAUGUGCUUGUGUCCAUCUAGACGGGUAUAAGAUUGAUAGCUAAGUGAAACUGAAUUGUACCUGGAUAGUUACGGAUUCAAGAGCAGUUUAUGGAGUAGGGCAUUUAUUACAUAGUCUCUAUAGAAGUGUACUGUAGUCUCUAUAGAAGUGUGCUAAAGUCUCUAUGGAAGUGUACUGUAGUUUCUAUAGAAGUGUACUGUAGUCCCUAUAGAAGUGUACUGUAGUCACUAUAGAAGUGUUAUGGAAGUGAACUGUAGUCUCUAUAGAAGUGUAUUGUAGUCUCCAUAGAAGUGUACUGUAGUCUCUAUAGAAGUGUACAGUAGUCUCCAUAGAAGUGUACUGUAGUCUCCAUAGAAGUGUACUGUAGUCUCCAUAGAAGUUUACUGUAGUCUCUAUGAAAGUGUAAUGUGGUCGAUAGAGCUCAUUAAUAAACUAGAAGUAUAACUUGAAAUUUGUCUUGCUUCUGAUUUGAAACCUAAAAGUUAGAGAUCAAGUCUUUUUGUACUUAUUAUACUCAUUCUUAUCAUCAAAUUGUAUUGAAUCAUACAUCUAAAAAGGAUUAAGUACGAAUGGAACAAAAAGUUGAGAUUUAAUUGAGGGGCGUACUCAGAAAUUUGUCCAAGGGAGGGGCUUAAUUUUUUUCCAUGGGGGAGGGGGCUUAGAACCCCCUUGGAAACCAUAGAUUCUACUGAUCCGGGGGGAGGGGGGCUGAGCACCAUAACCCCCACCCUGAGUACGCCUCUGUGAGAAGUUUUUUCUCAUUAAUCCAAUUUAUUCUGGGACUUGAUAAACGCUUGGGAAACCCUCUUCCUUGAAUAUUUUUACACAUUUAACCACAUACACGCACUUAUUUGUUAAUACGCAUAUUAUGGAGUUUACAGGUAGAUUGUAAUACGUCUUACUACAGUUUUGCAUAUUUUCUUUUUAUAAAAUUAAGACAUAAGUUCGAUUAAUUUCCCCCCGCCUCUCCUUCUUUAUAUCUGUAAAAAUAUAUUUUAUUUAAAACACUGAAAUACUUAAACUUGGUUGGGAUUUCCUGUUCUAUUAUCUUCUUUUUAUCUAUCUAUCUAUCUAUCUAUCUAUCUAUCUAUCUUCCAUCUAUUGAAGUAAUUAUUCCACUCAGUUGAGUUCAAUACACAUUAGUUAGACAGUUUUAAGAAAUGGAUAUGUUAAGACGACAAAGCAGUUUGAUAAACAUUGAAGGAAAAGGACCCCUUCUCUCCCCUCUGACCAUCGUUAAGGAGAGUAUGGCUUUCAUCAUUAAAAAGAAAAGAUACAAGUUUCAGGCUGAACUAAUUUUGAACGAUCUAACAGAAGUUUCUUUUGGAAAAGCUAUUCUGUUUGCAAAGGUCCGGCAGUUAGAUGGAGGAAGCUUUACUGCACUUUCUAAAAGGAUGGAGGUAUCAAACCACACAGUCAAAUAUGAUGAAAAGUUUCAGUUCCCCUGUAAAAUGAAUGCCAAUUCCAACACAGGAGUGUUGGAGAGCUGUAGAUGUCGGGUUGGAAUAAGAAAGGAGGAGAAGGGGGGGAAAAACUAUAGAAAAAUUGGAUUUGUGGAUGUAGACCUAGCUGAAUAUGCUGGAGCAGGGCCCAGCACACAGAGAUAUAUACUACAGGCCUAUGAUCAGCACCACAGACUAGACAACUCUAUGCUUCAAAUAACAUUAAAUAUCACUUUAAAAGAGGGAGAUCUCGUCUUUCAAAGGCCCCUGACUAGACAGCAACCUAUUCUACUGCCUGGAGAAGAGGAUGCAGCUUUAGCUCUCUCAGUUAAUACAAGAACAAUGUUGACGCUAUCUGAUCUUGCCCAAGAUACUACUCAUACCCGCAAUUCAUCAUCAACCUCUCAGCCAAGUCAGACCGGUUCUGUUGGCUAUUCAUCCCAGUGUUCUGCAACAGUACCUGGUGCACAUUCAAGACAAAGCUCAGCUGACAGCAGUCAUGCCAGGAACCUGAGUGCUGGUUCUGCCGAUACAGGUUUCUGUGGUUCCAUGGAGAAGGAGAAAAGGAAAAAGAGAAUCGAUUCCGGGCGAGUGGAUCCCCAGGAUGUAAUUAAUGAAUUAAUGGAAGAUUUACAUUUAGAUUCUUCAACAGCAACUGAAGGUUCCCAGGGUUUACAGUUGUACCUGGGCCCUCACGGCGAGGUUCGGUUUGACCAGCCCAAACUUAAUUCCCAGUUCAAACCUGUUCUCAUUGACAAGAGAUAGUCGGAAACCAGUUUAAACCUGUUCUCACGGACAAGAGAUAGUCGUAAACCAGUUCAAACCUGUUCUCAUUGACAAGAGAUAGUCUUAAACCAGUUUAAGCCUGUUCUCAUGGACAAAAAAGACCAGGUUAUCCUGAAGCACAGGAUUGUUAGAUUUAUUUUUGUUUCUGAUUUCCUGGAAUUGUUUUCAUGAAUGUAUCCAGAAGUCACCAGUCAGUACAGUGGUCAAUUCUUCAAAAAUCAUUGAAAAUAAAUGACUUGUGGAAUAGAAAAGGUGUGUACAUUAAGUAGCUCCGGAAAAGAAACCUUGCCUUUAUACUUCGAAGAAAAAAAGGAAACAUUAACUAGCAAGUUCCGGAUUUACUGUUUGUCUUAAAAUAUAUAAUUUUCUCUAUUAAUAAAUAAAACCUCUCGGAAAUCAAGAUAUCACUGAAAUAUUGUAAAUCCCAACCGAUAAAGUAAAAA